ACGGCAAAACCUCCUUCACAGUGUUCAGAGACAUUUUCCGGGGCUGAAACGCCUCUGUCAACAGCGGCACAAUGGUCGGCCUGAAGCCCACGGACAUCCCCCCCUCAGCAACCGUCAAGUUUCUCAGCGCCGGGACAGCCGCCUGCGUUGCUGACCUCUUCACCUUCCCCUUGGACACGGCCAAAGUCAGGCUCCAGAUCCAAGGGGAAUGCAAAGCUUCCAGGGCAGCGAAGAACGUCAAGUACAAAGGGGCGUUUGGCACCAUCACUACCAUGGUGAAGACGGAGGGGCCCAAGAGUCUCUACAACGGCUUGGUGGCCGGCCUCCAACGCCAGAUGAGCUUUGCAUCCAUCCGGAUCGGCUUGUACGACUCGGUGAAGCAGUUCUACACCCCCAAGGGGUCAGAUAGUGCCAGCAUCCCCACCCGGUUACUCGCCGGGUGCACCACCGGAGCCAUGGCUGUCACCUGCGCCCAGCCCACAGAUGUGGUUAAGGUCCGCUUCCAAGCGCACAUCAGGUUGGUUGGUGGACCGAAGAAGUACAAUGGGACUGUGGAUGCCUACAAGACCAUCGCCAGGGAGGAAGGGGUCCGAGGACUCUGGAAAGGCACUCUGCCAAACAUCAUCCGAAACUCUAUUGUGAACUGUGGAGAGAUGGUAACCUACGACCUCAUCAAGGAAACGCUGCUGAGAUAUCGCCUGAUGACAGACAAUUUCCCGUGCCAUUUUGUCGCCGCCUUCGGAGCCGGAUUCUGCGCCACCGUCGUGGCAUCUCCCGUGGACGUGGUCAAAACGAGAUACAUGAACUCCAUCCCAGGGCAGUACAAGAACGCUCUGAACUGUAUGCUCACCAUGGUGGUGAAAGAGGGACCCACGGCUUUUUACAAAGGUUUCAUACCCUCCUUCCUGCGACUGGGAUCCUGGAACGUGGUGAUGUUUGUGUCCUUUGAGCAGCUGAAACGACUGAUGGUUCUGGCCCAGGUGACCUGGGAAUCCCCUUUCUGAAACCAGAAGCCGUCUCCGGGAAGGAGAAGGUGGAUCGCGCCAAGGACUCCCCGAGAGGAGAACACGGGAGAGUCAAACACGAGAGAGAGAGAGAGAGA